GUUUGAUUACCUAAAUAAAUAGGAAAGCGGACGGGAAGAAGGCGAACUCGAUAGUUUUGUUAUACAAUCUGCGUGUUGCUUGGCGAAGAAGCAUUUGCAGGUAGCGAAAAGGGAAGAGGGUUUUCAGUGUUUGGGAGAUGGAGUGUGUGUUUGGACUGGUUGGAGAUGGGUUUUCGCUGGUUGUGGCCGAUACGUCUGCCGUGCAGAGUAUCGUUGUGCAGAAGACCUCAGAGGACAAAAUAAUGUUGCUCGAUUCUCACAAACUUAUGGGUGCCAGCGGCGAGAGUGGAGAUAGAGUGCAAUUCACGGAAUACAUUCAGAAGAAUGUUCAUCUUUAUCAAUUUCGCAAUGGCAUUCCGCUCACCACGGCUGCCGCGGCCAACUUUACCAGGGGCGAGCUGGCCACUGCUCUUAGAAAGAACCCAUAUUCUGUGAAUUUGCUUUUGGCUGGAUUUGACAAGGAUGUUGGCCCUUCACUGUACUACAUUGACUACAUUGCAACCCUUCACAAGGUUGAGAAAGCAGCAUUUGGAUAUGGAGCUUACUUUAUUCUUUCGAUGAUGGAUAAAUAUUAUCACAAAGGCAUGUCACUGGAGGAUUCCCUAGAAUUGGUUGAAAAAUGCAUCUCAGAAAUUAAGUCCAGAUUGGUUAUUGCACCUCCAAAUUUUGUCAUCAAGAUCGUUGACAAGGAUGGGGCAAGAGAGCACAGCUGGCACAAAACUAUUGGGGAUGUAGCUGCCCCACCUGUAGCAGAAUUAUCAUCACCUGUAGAAGUUCAAAGCUAGAGAAGGAUUGGUUUAUGAACAAAGCAUAAGUGGUUAUUUAGAAAUGUUUUUUUUUCUAAUUUAAAAGAGUAUCUUUGGUCAAAUUGGGAAAUUCACGAUGGAUGUAACUGCAAGAUAAUCUAGCUAGUAAUGUGAUUAAUUUUUAAAUUUAAGUCAA